CAGAGCUGCGCGUGCUCCGUCUCCAAGCUCGGGGCGCGAGUUGCCAGGACUGGUGGCUGCGGCUGCGUGGUGCUCGGCUUCAGGGGCUUGCGGGCGGCGGCUGACGGGGCGGCGCAGCGGCGGGUGCGCAGGUGCACUAAUGCUGAAGCACUAUGAGCUUUCAGAAAUUCUGGAGAGACUACAAAGUUCUGAUUGUUAUGGUACCUCUAGUUGGGCUCAUACAUUUGGGGUGGCACAGGAUCAAAAGCAGCCCUGUCUUCCAAAUUCCUAAUAAGGAUGACCUUCCUGAGCCAGGCAGAGUGGCAGUCACAAGUCCUGAGAAGAACCACCUCCCAGGGAAAUAGUAGACUUGAGAGCUUCAG